AUUACGCAUCACUUAGCUGUUGCCAAUGUGUUCACAACGGUGGACCCUCUUUUGGGCUUUUUGCAGCGGUUGUCUUCAUUUCUCGGUCAAUCUAGUAUGGAAAGUAGACAACAAUGGCUUACCAGGCUGAAAAAUGAACUUAGCAACAGUCCUCUGGUAUCAAAUGUGGCUUUUGGCUUCAUCCUCAUGGGACUAGAGAAGCUGGUGGAGCUGGAGUUUGAGUGUCCUUGCAACCCUACAUGGAACGGAGUGUUUUCAUCAGCCUUCUUCAUCAUUCCUGCCGUCAUGGCCUUCACGUUGAUGCUGAUCAUUCAAGGAUGCAGAUGUGAUACGUGGUGCAGGAAAACUGUUUCCCUCUCCAGCUUCGUUCCAGCUAUCGUGUGGCUGAUUUUGUUGUUCCUCGAUGGCCAGUACUUUGCUUGUGCUAUGACAGACUGGGAGGGUAGAUUUGUAAUAGUGGACAAAGCAGCUCCGCAGAAGUGGUGUGAGCCAAUUAGCGAGGGAGAUGUCACCCCACAAGAACUAAUGCUCCGCUCGCAGCAGCUGUUUGUUUUUUCUCAGGUUAUAGGCAUAGUCCUCCUCAUUUUCAUCUGUGUGGGUCUCGUAGUGUAUGUCAUCAGAGAAAGCUGCCAUCAGGAGGAGGUGAUGCAGGAUGCAGAUCUAGCCGAGCUCACGGUGCUCAGGAUGAGCUCUCUACGGACCAGGACAUCAUGAGAGGACCAACACACCCACCCUGCUGGCAUGGACACUUUGUAAAUAACCUGAACAGACUUUACUGUGAGUUUUUAUCACUGUUGUCAAUAAGUGUUGUUGAAGUAUUUCCCCUCUAUACAAUUUGGACAAAGGUUAUGAAUGGUCAGUGAUGCUGCCCCAUGAAGUAAAUAGGAACAUUUGGUUUAUUUAUAUGUAAAGAUAUAGUUUGAUAUUGUGGGAAAUAUGCUUUGUUUUUGAGCUAUAUGAGAUGAGAGACACCGCUAUUGUUUGUCCGUUUAUUGUGGAACUACAGACCUUAGCCAUGCAGUUCAGUAAGUUAUAGGGGGGCCCUAAACAGCCCAAAGGUAACACAUUGCACCUUUAACCCGGGACAAAACAACAAUUUACUGUGUUAUCGGGGGGUUAUGUUACUUAUGUUAACGGACCAUUACAUAUUGGAGGAGUUGACAGGCAACCAGUGGAGGGUCCAGGAAAUAACUGCAACAAAUAGUCGAGGACAUAGCUCCCCAUAAAACUUUGAAUUAUGUCUUUCACCUUGUUUACCGUCUUUCUGCUGGCUGCUGACUCCAGCUUUAUAUUUACAGGACAAACAGAGAAGUAUUGAUCUUCUUAUCCAACUCUCAGCAGAAAGUAAAUAAGCAUGUUUCACAAAAUGUCAAACUAUCCUUUAGAGUGAUAUUUCACCGUGGUGCAUUUUGUGUGUUGACUGGACUUGAAUUCACAGCCAGCAGACACGAGCGAUGCAGUGCUGCUCUCUUACUUUCAACUUUAUACAUUCAAAACAGCCUUGUGCCUUUUUAAGGAUCGAAAUUGACCCAAGUGGAAUCCACCAGGCAUUAAAUAUUGAUUCGUUUUAUGUGUGUUGAGAGGCCAAAGAGGAAAAUGGGUCCGACCACAGUGAAAUUUCACUUCACUGUGGUCGGACCCCGUCAUGUAAAAUCCUAUCUAAUUCAGAUUAAACUGAUCCUCCUGUUUGACAGCUAAAGAUGUAAAACUAUGUACAUGAUGACCUGUAUCAUAGCUGCAACCAGCCAAUAGUAGCAUGUAGAACCAAAUUAUGUAACAGUAUUUACAGUAUGUUUUUUUAAUUGUUUUGUAAUAAAGAAUUUAUUUAUUUAAGAAAAACCCUCAGGGAUUUGAACAGUUGUGUCAUAAUAUCAUUUAAUAGAUUGUUUCCAAGUGCAUUUUACAAAUACUACCAUACUCAUACUGUGGUUUUGUAAUUUAAAGCAAUGCAUGUUAACGUUUGGAGUAUCCUUUCAACUUAAGGCUUAUAUUUUUUCCCAGACACUUAAUGACUUACACAACUGAACAAGAAAUAGAGCAAAAAUAUUCAGUAACACCUGCUAGAAAUAGCCUGA